UGGACCUACAAACACCCACUGUACGCUGUAUUCCCGCUACCUUGGUAGUGGGUCUCUGGAAAACGCUAAAUACACCAAAUUUUGCGGUAGAUUCCGUUGCCAUUGUCACGUUCACCGAAUUCGCUCGUGAUGCUACCGAGUACAUGCACGCUCAAUGGGAUUCCCUCCUCCGUUACCAUUUCCCUCGAACAUGCUCGCUGUACUUCCAAAACGACGAUGGGUGUUUCCACUAUUUCGCUGGUGACGUCUCGGGGUUCUUACGAGGCGAGUGUUAGUUUUGUCAAAACUGCAGACGGUCCAUCCGACGUCUGUUUGGGUUUGGAUUGGUUUAUAGCAUUACUGAAGGGUGAUUCUGAUGUUAGAAAGCCUUCGUUCAGCGUAUAGGCUUUUUUUGCCUUCCGGAAUCUCCAUGUUUUUCACCCGACUUUUGUUCGACUCCCUCUUGUACGAGCUGGCAGCCCAUGGCAUACUACACAAGACUUCAUGUGGACAAGACCACCUUUACCUGAACUUGUUUGUUGAGCAUUUUCUGUCCGGCAUGUGUUCGUCGCUCAAUGGACCUUCAUGUCGGUCGUACGUUCAGGCAUGUCAUACUAGCCGUGUUUGGGCGCCUGCAUUCUUUCUGUCUGUCUUGCGGUACACCCACCUGUUAACCGUAUUGCCUUCAUCCGCGCUAUUAUCUUUUUGGCGCUUCUUGGCACCGUCCACGCGCGAGAACAAACGGGAACGCGCAAUCGGUGGUUUGGCAGAGCGGUUGACGCUUGUUCGGUACCUUUCGUACAAGGGGCCAGUCACCUACAUGGCGGCCGUUUUUGAUAGUCACUUUGAGACGUUGCCCAGGAAGGAUCUUCUUAGAAUGGCGGAUGCGCAUGGUCUCUUAGCACGUAGUGCCCAUUUGACGCUUGAUAAUCUGAGGGAUACCCUUAGCGACCACGUUUCUGGUGGCGGUUGCACUGGCUGGCUAUCUCAUUCUAUCGCUAACAUACCGGUGGGCUGUUUGGAGUGUUUCCAGGAGUUUGUUUUUUCUGAUAAGGUUAAGAGUCGAAACAGGCGGUCGUAG